GUUCGCCGACGUUUAAGUAUUUACUUUAGUUUUAUCCAGCACCUUUGGGUGACGAAGAUAAUCACUUAGUGCACUCUUGAUGUCCUAACCGUGCCUGCUUUGCUUUUCCUCCAGCCUAUGUUUCUUGUCAUGAUUUACGAUUCCGUGCUAAUAUACCAUUAUCACACUUAUUAUUAUUUUUGUUUCCCACUGUAUCUGCAAAAUAACGCUAUAUCACUUAUGUCUAUUCUCUGGUAUUUCUUCAUGAUCGGCCACGUUUGAGCCAAACUGUUCUUACACCGGGCACUUUUUUUUUUGCAGCUGUCUGAGGUAGCCAUAAGUUUGUAGCACAUAUAUGGAGAAAUCAACGCAUACUAUAAAGUCCAGGAGAUAUGGUGGAAUAAAACGACCCCUUGACACUGAUGAUCGUGUAGAAUGGGGUGGCUAUCCUCAUCCAUGUCAAGUUUGCAAGCCUCAUAAACUGUGUGAGUCUCAGUGGAACCUACCACACCAGAUUCAAGCCCGUACGAUGAUCCAAUAGAUCUAGGAACUGUACGAGCAUUCCUCUGAUAACGCCUCGCUGUACCCGCAGAUAUCUCCCGUGCAGAAUCCUAAGCCGAAGGAUGAUUGGUAAUCGGGUACUUCCUUGAAUUGGCCUGGUUUAUUUUAUCCAAUAUGGUAGACUGGAUCCAAGGUUGGCAGUCCUCU